GUUUUUCGUCAGCAAACAUUGCAGCUGAAACGACGAUAUUCUGAAUAGAUAACGCCAAAACAUGCGUCUUUUCCAAACUACGCGUUUAAAACACAUCUGCAUUGGAAAUGUAACUGCGUCUAGAGUGAAGGAAAGUCACAAAACAGUGAGUGCUGCAGGCUCUAGAGGUUUGUUGGGUCUGAAGUCUUCUUGCACAGGUGUGUCUGGACCAUGUUACCUGCAAAAUGUAAAGACAAAUAUCGGACAUGGAUGUAUACCGCUGGCUUAUAAGCCAAACACAAAUUAUAACGCAUACAGGAAACAUUUUAUUCGUGCGUUUUCAUCAAAAUACACGUAUGAGGACGCGUUUGGCCUGGCACGUGACAAACCCGAAAAGUUUUGGAGUGAAGCGGCUCGUGGUAUUACUUGGUUUGAACACUGGACCAACACUCUGGAUAAUACGGAUACAGUGUUUCCAAAAUGGUUUGUUGGAGGAAAGCUGAAUAUGUGUUAUAAUGCUGUCGAUCGGCAUGUGGAGAAUGGAAGAGGUGAUCAAGCAGCUGUCAUUUAUGACAGUCCAGUUACCGGCACUAAACAGGUCAUCACAUACAGAGAAAUGCAGGAGCAGGUGUCCAGGUUGGCGGGGGUUCUGGUGAGGCAUGGCGUGAAGAUGGGUGAUCUGGUGGUGAUCUAUAUGCCUAUGGUUCCUCAGGCCAUGUUCGCCAUGCUGGCAUGUGCCCGUAUUGGUGCCACCCACAGCCUCAUAUUUGGAGGAUUUGCCUCCAAAGAGCUUUCCGUCCGUAUCGACCAUGCUAAGCCCAAAUUGCUGGUGACAGCAUCAUAUGGCAUCGAGCCAGGCAGAAGAGUGGAGUACAUUCCCCUGGUGGAGAAAGCUCUGGAGCUCAGCACUCACAAACCACACAAAGUCCUCAUCUACAACCGGCCCAGCAUGGAAAAGGUGUCCACGCGUCCUGACCUGAGUUUGGACUGGGAGGAGGAAAUGGCCACUGCCCGCCCUCAUGACUGUGUGUCCGUCCCCGCUCAUCAUCCUCUGUACGUCCUGUACACCUCCGGCACUACUGGCACUCCUAAGGGUGUAGUCAGAGAUUCAGGAGGAUAUGCUGUGAUGUUAAACUGGACCAUGUCUAACGUUUAUGGACUGUCUCCUGGUGAGGUCUGGUGGGCUGCGUCUGACCUUGGCUGGGUGGUGGGCCACUCCUAUAUCUGCUACGGUCCGCUUCUACAUGGCAACACAACCGUGCUCUACGAGGGUAAACCUGUGGGGACUCCGGACCCCGGGGCCUUUUUCCGUGUGAUGUCUGAGCAUGGAACAGCCUCCAUGUUUACCGCUCCCACUGCUAUCAGAGCCAUUCGCCAACAUGACCCUCAGGCAGAACACGGGAAACAGUACCCGCUCAGCAGGCUGAGGAACUUGUUUGUAGCCGGGGAGCGCUGUGACAUAGAGACCCUUGAAUGGGCCAAGAGGAGUUUUGGAGUCCCAGUGCUGGAUCACUGGUGGCAAACUGAAAGCGGCUCCUCCAUCACUGCGUCCUGUGUGGGUCUGGGCUGCUCACUCGCUCCCCCUGCCGGCACGGCCGGUAAAGCCGUGCCUGGAUACGACGUGACAGUGAUUGAUGAUGAUAUGCAACAGGUGAAACCAAGGACUCUGGGAAAUAUUGUGGUAAAGCUUCCUCUGCCUCCCGGGGCGGCUCUCAGUCUCUGGCAGAAUCAGACGCUGUUUAAGAAGCUGUACUUCACCAAGUUCCCUGGUUACUAUGACACCAUGGACGCAGGGUUUGUGGACGAGGAGGGCUUCUUGUACAUCAUGUCUCGGUCCGACGACGUCAUCAACGUGGCGGGUCACAGGCUGUCCACCGGCGCCCUCGAAGAGUCUGUCCUGCUGCACCCUGCCGUGGUGGACUGUGCUGUGGUGGGACUGGAGGAUCCCCUGAAGGGACAUGUGCCUCUGGCUUUGUGUGUGCUUGGGAAUGGGUGUCAGAAGAGUGAAGAAGUGCUGGUGAAUGAGAUGGUGAAAUUGGUGAGGGACACCAUCGGGCCGGUCGCUGCUUUCAAGAAGGUUGUCUUUGUCAAAGCUCUUCCCAAAACCCGCUCGGGAAAAAUUCCACGAUCGUCUCUCGCUAACCUGGUGAACGACAAGCCUUUUAAGAUCAGUCCCACCAUAGAAGAUCCUGAGGUCUUUAAGGACAUUGAAAAGAUGCUGAAAGAAACUGUAAAAGAACCUGGUAAAUAAUUUACCAUCAGAAAUGGACGGACACACACACCUUCCUCUCUAAGAUGUGAGAUUCUGUGAAUAUUUGCAAUAGAGGAAUGUGUUUCCCAAUAGAAUGUACUCCUCGCUUGGGCAUAAUAUUUCUUUGAUAACAAUGUGAUACUAAAUUGUAACCAAAAAAAGUAUUUCAUUAAUGCGUGUUAAUAAGAUAAGUUGUAUUUGUUGAAGGUUUUGUAUUAGUUGGACCAAAUUAACACCAAUCAAAUAGUUUAGAAAAGUUUGAAUAGGUGAAUGUUACAAAAAUACGUCCAGUUUAUAUUUAUUUCACCCCAAUAUCAGGAGAAAAGAGAAACAAGUUUUAUUUAAUUUAUGUAAAGAAAAGUUUGAUGUUUUUCUAUUGUAAUGUGAGUGGUCCUAAAAGUUGUCUCCAUUCUCAUGAAGUGAAAUACUGUUUUCCUCCUUUUGAUUGGCAAAAUAUAAGCUGGACAUGUU